UUUAUCACAACCUGUCAAAAGUGUCAAAUUACGAAUUUCUUUCUUAUUUUCAGCUAAAAAACGCACUAAACAAUCAUGAAAACGUGAAAUUUGCCGAGUUUCAAACACAAAAAUGGAGAAAAACGGCGUUAUUUUCCACCCAAUCAUAAGUUCGAUUCAAAAAAUCGCCUUAUAUGAGACCAAAUCGAAAUACUAUUUGGUUGGCUCCAACAACACCCAAACCCGAUUUCGAGUCCUUAAAAUCGAUCGUCAAGAAGCCAAAGACUUGAAAAUCUGCGACGACAAAGUUGAAUACACGGAGAAGGAAAUCCACGAUCUUGUCGACAUGAUCGAUUCCGGUAAUCGCCAAAGAUCAUCAUCGACAAAUAGUGGUUUUUCGAAAGUGAUUUCCUCAUUCGGGAUUGUUGGUUUUAUUCGAUUCCUUGAAGGCUAUUACAUUAUUUUGAUAACAAAACGACGCAAAGUCGCCGUGAUUGGCUACCACACAAUCUACAAAAUCGAAGACACUUCCAUGAUCUACAUCCCUCAUGAAUCCAUCCGUUUUGUGCACCCUGACGAACCUCGUUAUGUGAAAAUGUUCCAAAACAUCGACUUGGCGAGCAAUUUUUACUUCAGUUAUAGCUACGACCUCACACACACCCUUCAACAUAACCUCACAACUCCGAAACAACUCAUGCACAACCCUCUAACCACACUUAGCCAAUCCGAUUACGGCAUUCGCUCCAAACCACGCCUUAAAUUCGUCUGGAACACCCACCUUCUCACACCCGAACUACACCCUGAUUGGUUAUUGUACAUCACGCACGGUUUCAUCGGCCAAUCAAACAUCAACGUUUUCGGACGUUCGGUUUACGUCACACUAAUCGCACGACGUUCAGCUAAAUACGCCGGUACGAGAUUUUUGAAACGUGGCGCGAAUUUCCAAGGUGACGUGGCGAAUGAAGUUGAAACCGAACAAAUGGUACAUGAUUCGGGGGUUUCCUCAUUUAGUCAAAGUCGUUUUACGUCAUUUGUACAAAUGAGGGGGUCCAUACCGGGACAUUGGCGACAAGAUAUGGGCAAAAUGGUGGCGAAACCUGCCAUCACUAUGGACUUGUAUGAUCCAUAUGCUGAAACAGCUGGGGCACAUUUUAACGAACUUUUGAAACGUUAUGGGGCCCCUAUUAUCAUACUUAACCUAGUCAAACAAAGAGAGAAAAAAAAACAAGAACGGUUACUUAGCGACGAACUUAAUACAGCUGUCAAAUAUCUUAAUCAAUUUCUCCCACCCGAGUAUCAAAUCAUUUAUAAAACAUUCGACAUGGCGAGAAAAAACAAAGGAAAUAACACUAAUGUGAUGGGGCAUUUAGCAGAAAUUGCGAAAAAUGCCGUCAUGAAAACCGGUUUUUUUCAUAACCAACAAAAAUACUACGCACAGAAAAGUAGUACACUUGUUGGGGGGCAUAAUACCGAGCAUGGUAGCGUCCAAACCGGCAUAAUACGUACGAAUUGUGUCGAUUGUCUUGAUCGGACGAAUACGGCCCAAUUUGCAAUUGGUAAAUGUGUACUUGGGUACCAAUUAUGUGCACUUGGUAUUUUGGACUCGCCAAAUCUCGAAUUCGAUACGGAUUGUGUCCGAAUGUUGGAAUGCCUCUAUGAGGAUCAUGGUGAUACACUUGCAUUACAAUAUGGGGGCUCCCAAUUAGUACACAGGAUUAAAACGUAUCGUAAAACAGCCCCAUGGACGUCACAAGGCAAUGACAUUAUGCAAACUUUAAGUCGUUACUAUAGUAAUACAUUUUCGGAUGCGGAAAAACAAAAUACGAUCAAUUUAUUUUUGGGGAUUUUUAUUCCCGAUGAAACUAAACCUCAAAUUUGGGACUACACGUCCGAUUAUUAUUUUCAUCAUAAACCGAUAGUUUAUAGUAAUAAAUCGUUGACGCAAUGGUGGGACUCACAAGUCCUAAAAUGCCUUCCUUAUGCCUAUAAUGACAUGACUAAGGCAUGUUCUGAACUCAUACAAGUCCAUUCAAAGGACGCUGAAAUGAUCGAUGCCUACUCUGAUUAUCAUAAACCGUACGAAUUGAGUGUAUUAAAUGACGUUUAUGCGUUUAAAAUCAGUAAUUCAGUGCGUGAUUUUAUGCCAAAUUGUACUACCGAUUAUAGUCCUUUUAUAAUACGGAUAAGGCCAGUGAGACGAAGAGAGGAGAAUUUGAAUAAAGGUUUAGCAAUGAAAAAUCCUUCGGUUACUGGUCAAAGUUCGACGAGUUCAGCAGCGUCCAGUUCGAGUUCAGAUGUUGAUUCAUGCGAUGAUGAGGAUAGUACGUACACGAAUGAGUCCCAAGGGACUACUUCGAAGGAAAGUAGUCCUGAACCCAUCACUUUUAAGGCACUUUUUCCAUCAAUGAAGGAAAUUUAUGGGACGCAACUUGUCACUCCCAAGAAAAACGACAUUGGGGUGUAUAAAAAGUAUGUUUUAAUUGGGAAAAAAGCAAACGGGACGGCGAAAAACACAAAUACACUUCUCUCAUUGUCACUUUUUAAACCUCAAAGCAAGUUUUUAGAGGAUUCUUCGGUUCAAGUGAAAGCACCAAAAGUCGAUAAAAGAUCGAUCCAGAUCUAUCAGAAUUAUAUUAAUGUUGGGAUUAACGGUGGAACGGAACCGAAAGCCUCAGAUUUAGCACUGUAUCAAAAAUAUGCUAGUUUUAAAUAAAUUAUUUG